AUGCCCAGCAUAUCUGAAACAAUCACAAGAGUUGUGGUCCAUGAGUUGGAUGCUGAAGGCGAUAUGAUUGAAGUCAGAAGCAUCAUUGAUGCAGACAGGUUUCAUUGCUUCUGUCUGGUGACGGGGAAGAGAAGUUUCUUGAGACGCCGAUACUGCAGUACAGACCUCACCCUGGAGGACAUACUGGAGAGAGAGGAGGGUAAAGGGCAGUUGGAUAAGCUGGAUUCUGGGCUCCAAGGUCAGUAUGAGACUAUGGAUCUGGUAGACUCAACCACGAUGUUUACAGUGGAAUUGCCCAAAGAAAUUACAGUUGAAAGGUCCUUUCAUGGGUCCCACAAACAUAAAAUCUCGAUUUUGGGGUCCAGGAUAUCCCAGCAAUAUCUGGAUUCGCUCAAGAACAGGAAGCUGAAGAGAAAACUACCCACUUCAUUUUUAUCGAUGCGCACGAGGGGAGAAGACCUGUACCUGGUGAUAGAAACUCUGCAGACAGCAAAGGAGGAAACCCUGACAAGUGAACGGCAGUAUACAUUUUGGAACCAGCUGAACUUUUGCAGUCUCAAAUAUGAACGAAAGCAUCAAAGGGCAGUGACCAUACCCUCAAAGCUGGUCCUGGGCUAUCGAAUGAAGCAGCUCGUUUUCCCCAACAUGGAAAGGAUGGAUAUUUGUUUCUCCGGAAAAACAAAAUCCUUUCCAGAAGAGAAAGAUGGUGGUUCAUCUUGCUUAGGGAAGUCCUUGAGCUUCGGGGAUUUCAGAAGCCUGAAGGAGAAGGUGCAGGACACAGUGAGAAGCCUCCAGGAUCUGACUGAAGAAGAGCGAGAUGAUGUGCUAAGCUGCCUCACUAGGUGCCUCGCGGCAGACGAGGAGCUGCAGGAUCUAGACGAAAGAGUGUCCACGGUCCUGAUCUCCGGUGAGCUGCAGAUGGAAGGCCCGGCAGGUCCUCUCCUAAGUAGCUUUUUUAAUGCUGCUGGGCUCUUGGUUGAGGCACGCAGAGAAGCCAUUCUGGAGUUCCUGGAUGCCUUGAAGGAGCUGUCUGAGGAGAAGGAGCUUAUGGCUGAGACCCUAAAGAAGGGGACCCUGCCCCUGUUGAAGGACCAGGUAGAGUCUAUCCUGGAGCAGAAGUGGAGCGAGCAGCCCGGUGAUGAGGGCUGUGACCCCGAGGCUCAGACUCUCUGUGCACUCUAUGUUGCUGUCUCCAUCCUGCUGCAGCUGAGUGAGAAGCCUGUCUCUGUGUCUUCCUGUUAG